UUUUAAUUUGUCUGUGCAGUGAAGUCGACGAGUCUCUGAAACAUCGACAAUGGUUUCGUUUGAAAUGAAUGACCGUAAAAAGAUUGGGCUUGGGUUGACAGGAUUUGGAAUAUUUUUCACAUUCUUGGGCAUCAUCUUUUUCUUCGAUAAGGGAUUGCUGGCCAUGGGAAAUAUUCUCUUCUUCUCAGGGGUGUCUCUAUCCAUUGGUUUGAAGUCCACUAUGCAGUUUUUCAUGAAACGUCAAAACUUUAAGGGAACCAUCUCUUUUGGUCUGGGCUUCUUCUUUGUUGUUAUUGGUUGGCCAAUUUUUGGAAUGAUUCUUGAGACAUAUGGGUUCAUUGUGCUUUUCAGUGGUUUCUGGCCAACACUUGCUGUUUUCAUUCAGAGGAUACCUUUUCUUGGUUGGAUAUUCCAGCUACCAUUUGUCAGAUCGUUAUUCGACAAGUAUCGGGGGAAACGGGUGCCUGUAUGACCUUGCUAUGGAAAAAUGAGGAAGUACAAUGUAGUGACAGCUGACAGGUCCACUUGUAAAAUACUUUGGAUGAAAGACGAAAAAUUCUUUGGUUUAAUUCACAUGGUGACUUUAGAAAAUGAAUCUCAUUUGACAGUUAACCGAAUCUCUUACUUGAAGAAAGAAAACGAAAACGAUUUCAUCAUUCAUCGUUUUAACGAUUUCAUCAUUCAUCGUUUUCUUUAAUACUCUAUCGUUGUUUUUAUUUUAGCGCCAUUGCUGAAAUUGAAUAUAAGUUUUGUUUGUUGUCAAA